GUUUUCUCUGGUCUCCCUUUGUUUCCGCCGGAGAGAAAUCGAACCACCAACUCUACGGUUGCGCCUCCGCCUUCCACCGCCGCAGCUGUUGCACCGUUCAGUGGUGGUUCUUCUAUGGAUGAUGCGGCGGCGAGUACUGCAUGGAUCGAUGGAAUCAUAAAGGAUCUAAUUCACAGUUCGAGUCAUGUCUCGUUGCCUCAGCUCAUUCAAAAUGUUCGAGAGAUCAUUCAUCCUUGUAACCCUAACCUCGCCGCCCUCCUCGAGUAUCGUCUCCGCUCUCUCACGGAGGCGCCGACGAUACCGAGUUAUCCGGAGCGGAGGAAAGAGGCAGCGCCGCCAAUUCCGCCUCUACUGAACUCAUCAUGUCAAUUAUCAAAUUCAUCUACUCCACAUCCGAUGAAUCAGUACUCGAAUUGGGGACAACCACUACCAUCACCACCGAUCGCCACCACCAGCGCCGCCGUAGUAAGCCAAGGAAACGCCCAGCUCCUCCGUAACAAUCCGGCGAGCCCUAAUUCUAUCACACCGAUCAUAUCAAAUCAAGUCGAGCAACCUUCUCAAGAAAAGCCACAUCAGGAUUCUCCAACGGCUGAGCAUUCAACGCCGCCGCCUCCGCCUCCGGCAUCAACUGCGAUCGUGGCGAGAGAGAAGAAAGAGGAAAUGCGUAGGCAGCAGAAGAGAGACGAAGAAGGUCUCCACCUCCUCACCUUACUACUUAAAUGCGCCGAGGCAGUGGCCGCCGACAACUUCGAAGAAGCGAGGAAGAUGCUGCUCGAGAUCUCCGAGCUCUCGACACCGUUCGGUACUUCGGCGCAGCGCGUAGCGGCGUAUUUCUCCGAAGCGAUGUCGGCGAGGCUAGUGAAUUCAUGUUUAGGGAUCUACGCGACGCUGCCCACCAUUCCGCACAGUCAGAAGAUGGUGGCAGCAUUUCAGGUGUUCAACGGGAUCAGUCUAAAUUUAUAA